AAAUUAUCCCCGUAUCUUUGCCAAAUCGUUUGAGCACACCAAAGGUCAGCUUUCUCACAAUGUCGAUCCACAAGCUAGAAGACAAAGUGGCCAUCAUCACUGGCGGAGCAAGCGGCAUCGGCAAAGCUACCGCCUCCCUUUUCGCCGAUCACGGCGCUCACGUCGUGAUCGCCGACAUCCAAGACGAACUCGGCCAGCAGGUAGCCGCCUCAAUCGGUUUCAAAAACUGCAGCUACAUUCACUGUGAUGUUGCCGAUGAAGAGCAAGUGAAAGCCAUGGUCGAAUGGACCGUCCAGAAUCACGGCCGACUCGACAUCAUGUUCAGCAACGCCGGGAUGAUCCGUGCCACCAAGGCCACCACCAACUCCGACCAGAACAUCCUCGAUAUCGACUUCGUAGCCUUCGAUCGGCUCUUCGCCGUCAACGUCCGUGGCAUGGCAGCGUGCGUUAAACACGCGGCCCGUGCCAUGGUCGAGAAGAAAGUAAGAGGAAGCAUCAUCUGCACGGCGAGUGUCUGCGCCAGUAGCGGCGGCGACCAGGAUGUUGAUUACUUUAUGUCGAAGCAUUCGGUGUUGGGAUUAGUAAGGUCGGCGAGCAAGCAGCUGGGGCCCUAUGGGAUAAGGGUGAACAGCAUAUCGCCGUUCGUGGUGGCGACGCCGUUAAUGUGUGAACUCAUGGGAAGGGAAGCGGAGGAAACUGAGAAGAUUUUCGAAGGGCUGACAAAGUUGAAAGGGGUGGUGGUGAAAGAGAAGCACGUGGCUGAUGCAGUGUUGUUUCUGGCCUCCGGCGAUUCGGAGGUGGUCAGCGGCCAUGACAUGGUGGUGGACGCCGGCUUUUUGGUCAAAUAAUUUAAUUUGUGGCGUGUCCGACUAAAUGAUCGCCAAAUCUUCUGCCUUUUACUUGCUCCUUUGUUUUUAUUAUAUGCUUUGGUACGUGUGUGUUUCUUUCAUCUUUUGUAUCGAUGUGGGACGUGUAUUAUUUUAUUUCCUCAA